UAUCAGGGGCUUGGAACUGAUGAAGAUACUUUAAUUGAGAUUCUGGCCUCAAGAAACAACAGAGAAGUCAGAGAAGCCAGCAGAUACUACAAAGAAGUGCUGAAGAGAGAUCUAACACAAGACAUUAUCUCUGACACAUCUGGAGACUUUCAGAAGGCUUUGGUUGCUCUAGCCAAGGCUGACCGAUGUGAAGAUUCUCAUGUGAAUGAUGAGCUUGCUGACAAUGAUGCCAGGGCUUUGUAUGAAGCAGGAGAGAAAAGGAAAGGAACAGAUGUUAAUGUGUUUGUUACUCUUCUUACUACAAGAAGCUACCCACAUCUCCGAAGGGUCUUUCAGAAGUACACCAAAUACAGCAAGCAUGACAUGAACAAGGUACUGGAUUUGGAGCUGAAGGGUGAUAUUGAGAACUGCCUGACUGCCCUUGUGAAGUGUGCCACAAGCAAGCCAGCUUUCUUUGCUGAAAAACUCCACUUGGCAAUGAAGGGUUUUGGGACACGUCACAAAGAGCUCAUCAGAAUCAUGGUCUCACGCCAUGAAGUGGAUAUGAAUGAGAUCAAAGGCUAUUACAAGAGGCUGUAUGGCGUCUCUCUCCGCCAAGCCAUUAUG